AUGCUUCUCGACUAUCCAUUUCUCUCGUUACGAAUGAAUCUCAGCACACAAUCUGAAUGUGAAGUUCAGAAAUAUCGCACGCGACUCAUCAUACCGAAUAAGCAUCGCAUCGCAUCUCUUGAUCUCCACGGGUCAUCAUCACUUCCUAUUGAUUCUUCAUUCACUCGUCUACACUCGCUCAUUUGCAAUCAGAUUCCUCAUCAUCAGUUCGUCUCAAUUCUUCCAAUUUUAACUUAUUUACCUCGUCUUUCUUCAGUAACUGUUCAUUUUUCCAACGAAAUUGUAAAUCUCACUGAAAUCUAUCAGUCAUUGUUUCUUCUACCUUGUUUGACAAAACUGGCACUGUCGGCGAAAGGAUAUUCGUUAACAAUGGCAUUGCUAAUGAAUCAAUCCGAACGGUGCAGUACAAUUAAACAUUUAGUUAUGAAUCAUCCAUGCAAACUCGAAGAAUUGAUUAUCUUACUUUCCUAUGUGCCAUUGCUUCGACAUUUAACCUGUAUGGAAUUGUGCGAACACGAUCAAGUUAUUCCACAGAUGAUGCCAUUAAAGUUAAUGAAUUUACGAAGUAUGACAAUCCAUACAUGUAAUGUCGAUUUUAAUCAAUUUGAAAUAUUUAUUCAACAUGUUUGCAAGCAACUUCGAUAUUUAUGUAUGACGACAUCUCAUGAUAUUAGUUAUUUGGAUGCCAAUCGAUGGGAACGCUUGAUUUCUCAGUAUUUGUCAUCGUUACGUGUACUGAAAUUUACGUACGAUGAAUACUUUUACCAAAAGAUCGAAUUAGCAUCGUAUCAUGAUGUACUCAAUCAAUUCACAACUCCAUUCUGGCUCGUGCAAGGAUGGCUCUUUCGUAUCAUCGUCGAUAUUGACUAUUGGCCACCCAUCAAGAUAUCCUAUUCGAUUGACCCCGACAAAAACUGUUCAGUAUACAGCGAUUCGGCAGGUGUAAAUCUAACAAUCGAGCAUCUGUAUUUCGCUGCUUCGCGAGAGAAUCUGGUCGAUAAAAUCUUCUCCUUUAUUUGUACAUUUUCGAUUACACAUUUACAUAUUGAUUGUCAGAAGUUAUUCUACCCAAAGUUCAUUCAACUUCUACAGGUGUUACCUAAUCUGAAAGCGUUGACAAUCACGUCGUUAUCGUAUUUCAAAUUGAAAAACAUCGAAUACAAUCAUUCGCAAUUGGACUAUUGUCCAGUUGCGUCAGUUGAGAUACAAAGUUUUAUGGAAGAAAAUGAUCUGGAAAAAAUUCAAUUUUUCAUCAAUUUAUGUCCUUCUAUGGAGUUCUUGCAAGUGAAAUGCAAGAAUAUUUUCAAUAUUUCUUCGGUUUUACAAUGUAUCUUAUCGAAAAAUCUUGCAAAAUUCUCAUAUCUUUCUUUAUGGUUACCACUGACAAAUGACAAAAUGAUCAAAGAAUUACGAGAAAUCAUUAAUCAAGAGCAACUGCUCGCUCAUGAGUAUAGAAUAACACGCACAAGUUAUGCUUCUUCAAUAGAAAUUUUCAAAACUCUUUCGAUGCCCAUGACGUCGAGUAAUUCAAACAAGUCACUCACAGCAGCUGAUAAACUGCGCGAUCUUCUAUCCCAAUUAGACCAUCAUCAAUCGCCUGCGACACCGACUCGUCCAUCAAGUUCAUUAAAAGCAUCAACCGAUACGCCAAAAUCAAAUGAACUGUAUCUACUUGUUCAAGCAGCCGAUGAGAUAAGCCAUCGUUUGCGAGAUGAAAAUGAAUCAUUACGUGAAGACAAUACAAAACUUCGAUCUAAUGUAGUUGCAUUAAUCGAAGAAAACAAUCGAUUACAUGAAGAGAUUCGUAGUACAUUCGUGUCUGACAUGCUUCGGCUGAUUAACAUCGACGAUGGACAAUCCAUGACCGAUAAAGAAUCACAGAUUGCUGAUCUUUAUACGAAAAAAAUGCGUCAUCUGGAAAUUGAAUUGAAAGACGCUAAAGAGAAAUUGAGUUCAUAUGAAAGUGUGUGGCAAGCUCCGAAUGAUCUCAUGAAUUGUCUCAAAUGUGGUGCACUUCUGCCAUUUGGUCAACACAAUUCCGAACAUAAUGAAAGAGUUGCCGAUAUCAUAACCGAAAAUGAAAGUAAUAAAAGGAAAUUACAACAAUUACAAGUGAAACUUGAUGAAAGUCAAAGUAAAGAAGGAAGUACAUUAGCAAAAUUACAAGAUUGCAUUCAAAUUGUUGAACAAAAUCAAUUUGAAAAGAACGAGGCAAGUCAUUUUCAUCAUAUAACAUAA